GGGGAAAACAGAGCUGAAUACUUCUCCGGAGAUAUGACAAGCAGAAGAGAAAUGAAGCAGUUGACUGACUGUCCAGACAGACACGUUCUGUCUUUAUGACUAAUUUCUCUGGCCGCUGACCGCGAGCAUACCGUCCCUUAACUUCAACGGGGCCUCUGGUCUGUCCCUGAACCCAUCGUCCCAUGACUACCUUCUGCUGCACAUGUGAAUGCACCAAAGUGAAACCAACAUACACACACACACAGGUCUUUUUCUCAAAUUUCCCACAGCUAAGUUCAUGACGAGCACAUGAUCACUGUACAUACACAUAUUGGAAUGCAGAAUGUAUAUAAACAGUCUCAACAGCUGUAUGGUAUCUGUAUGAUAAAGAACUUAACAAGCAGCUGCGUAAACAUGAUGAAGCUCUGCAUUCUGCUCGUGUUUGGGACCCUGUUUGUCGUCAUUAACGGUAUGCCGCCAAUCAGCAGGGACUACAAUACGCACUGUCGGUGCCUGCAGGUGGAGUCGAGGAUCAUCCCUCCAGACAACCUGAGGAGCAUCAAGCUCAUCCCUGAAGGGCCCCACUGCCCGGAAAUAGAAGUCAUAGCUGGACUGGUGAAUGGGGAGAAGGUUUGCUUGAACCCUCGGUCUUCCUGGGUGAAGAAGCUGAUCCACUUUGUUCUUGAGAGACAACUACAUCAGCAGGGACAAGCACUUCCCAAGAAUAAAGCAUAAUAUCAUGAUGCAAGUUAAAAACAUGUUGCAAUUAAAGCUGUUGAAAGUAACCAUUUUCUGCAAAUGAGUCAUUGUAUUUCUACUCAAUGUUUUUUUACCAAAUAUUUUACACAAAUGUUCGAAAUAACAUUCUUGAUUUAUAUUGUUUAAAUGUUAGAGCACACAAAAGCAGAUAAGUGUGUGAUUAUGUUUGGAAGUAAAUGGAAAGUUACCAAUCACCUGUAAUGUAAAAGUGUUGGAAGACUUUGUGUGCAUAAGGUAACAUAUAACUGUGCUUGUAAAAAGUUAAGUGUGACUUGAAAUGUAAAAUAAUUUCUCUGUGUAGAAAGUUUGGUUAUAUGGCCUCUUGAAAGCAGAUACCGUAUGUAGCAUGAGUAAUAUUCUAAUAUGUAACAUAUCAUUUCUAUGUAAUACUCCUUUUGGUGAUGCUUCUCCAACAACUGUGUUACUGUGGCUUAAAAUAAACAAAUUUUGAAAAGUAAAA